CAUUACCAAAAAUAAAAACCCCAGAUUUUGAUUUUAAAAGGAUUCUCUCUGUUUUCUCUAGUCUUUAGGGUUAGGUUAAAGUUUUCUUUGACCAUCUGUUUCUGUUCUCUUUGAUUUUCCACGAUACAGUGAGGGAAAGAAGAGAAAGAAAACAAAAACAAACACAGAGGGAAAGAAGAUUUCUGCGGAAACGACAGCAUGACAACAUGAUUUGUUUGUCGUUUAAGGUUUUGAUCUGUAAGUUAUGGAAGACGGAGGAUCGAUCGUUUUGGAGGGAAUUUGUUCUUAGAAAAGAGCCAGCUCUGGCUGGUUGAUUGAUCUUUUUACCACUUUGCUCAGGCAGUUUCAGCCAAGUUUAUAAAAAAAAAAGAAGAAGAAGAGAUGUCAUCAUCAAAUUCUCCUUGCGCCGCGUGCAAGUUUCUUCGUCGAAAAUGCACUCAAGAAUGCGUCUUUGCACCUUAUUUCCCACCAGACAAUCCUCAAAAAUUCGCCAACGUUCACAAGGUAUUCGGUGCCAGCAAUGUAGCCAAGCUUUUAAACGAACUCAACGCUUCCCAACGUGAAGACGCUGUCAACUCUUUAGCCUACGAGGCUGAGGCUCGUCUCCGAGACCCAGUCUAUGGCUGUGUAGGCCUGAUCUCCAUCCUGCAACACAGGCUUAAACAAAUGCAACACGAUCUUUACAAUGCUAAGAAGGAACUGUCGACUUUUAUUGGUCCUCAGGCUAUGCUUCCUAUUUUACAACCGCCAGCUUUUUUGCCACAACAUGUCGGGAACCCUUCUUCUUCGGCUGUGAUGCAACAUAAUAUGAUGCCAAUGAUGGGGAUUCCUACAGCUGCCGCGGUGGCGGCGGCGGCUUCACAUGUGGGGCAGUUGGCGAUAAGGGAACCACAACAACAACAACAACAGAUUUUUGAGGCUCAACAACAAUUGGCUGCUGCGGCAGCCGCAAGAGAACAACAAGAAAUGUUUAGAGGUUAUGAACAGCAACAUCAUCAGGGUCAACAGCAAGAGAUUGUGAGGUUUAAUAGUGGGUUUGAAGGGGCUGGCUCAGUUACUGCAACUGGGUUUAAUCAGAUGACAACUGCAGCUACCAUGUCACCGUCAUUGGCUUUAGGGAGUUUCGAUAACCCUUAUCAGAUUCAGACACAACAACAAGAUCAUCAUCAUCAUUCUCAUGGGGGUCAUUCACUUCAAGCACAGCUUUUGCUUCAGCCACAGCAAGUGCAACCACAGCAACCGGCACAGCAAAAUCAACAGCAACAAGCACAGCAAAAUCAGCAGCAGCAACAGCAAAGGUCAGGAAGCGAGGAGGGUAGGAGUAUUGGUCCUUGUUGAGUUAUUAAAAAAAAAAAAGAAACCUCUUUUUUUUUUUUCUGUUUGCAGAUUGACUGCCUGCCUUCCCGCUUUUUCGUGAAAGCAAUUUUUCAUUCUAGCUGAAGUCAGCCGCAUACAAGUGAACAAAGAGAGAGAGAGAGAGAGAGAGAUUUACCUCUGUGAUCCAAAGUCAGCAUUGGGUUUUUGGGGUUUGAUGAAGAGCUCCUUGGAAUAUACAAUUAAAAUGUAGGGAUCUGUAUUGGUCUUGGGACUACAAUUUUUUAUUUUUUUUUGACCUUUGGGUUUAGUAGAGAAGAUGGUAUGGGAAAUCGUUUUUAUAAAAGCUUUCUUUUUUCUUUUUUUUUUUCUUUUACUUUGAAUUCACAACUUAUGUAGCUGCAGCGAGAAUUAAUGUUACUUAUAUAUAAUAAUAUAGAGUGGAUGCUAUUUGGUGGA